GUCCGUUGCAGCUCCGCCGCUGUCCGCGGUUCCAGCAUCUUCUCUACACGGUUGUAGCACCGACUCUGCUGGUUCCUUCCAGCAAAUCUCACUUUGCAAAAUCCGCUGCCGUUUGUUUCCGAAUUUUUUUAUUCGUCGGUUCUAGCUUUUGAUUUCGUCAGUUGCAGCGUGUUACUCAGCCGGAUGCACAGCAGAGUAGGACUCGAUGUGGUUGGAGGUGGAAGAAAGGUACGGAUAAGUCGAGAGAUAUCUAACGGAGAAGAAGAUGGGCAGUUGCACGGGGCCCACCAUGAACGCGUGAGACGUGGGGAGCAGUUUGCCUCGGCCGGCCAGGCCUGAGCGAGCGCGGCCGUCCGGCCGGCCGUACAUAAAGUAUAGCUGGCUGGUUAGAGCUGCUCUCGUACUCCAUCCGGUUCAUCUGUUGACUUUGACGUCUCCUCACCGCGCUCGCUCUGAAGCCUGCUCUACUUGCUCCCGGCCGGCGGCCGCCGCGCCCUCGCCAUCCUCCGGCCGCUACCUCGACGCCCUCGCCAUCCGGACCGGACCCUGUCACGGGCCGCCACCCCGCUCUCGGCCUGGGCGACGACCCAGUCGUCGUCUCGCCUGGACCCGGCCGCCUCCGAUCGACCUCGUCUCACCUCGCCGGAUCCCGCCGCUGCCGACAUCAACCAGGCCGGAUCUGUGGAGAGCCGUCUACAGACUGAAAAAUCCCCAACCCGGCAGACACGAGCCAUGGCGACCGUCGGGGCGGCGCUCGGGGGCAUGCUCGCCUCAGCCGUCAUCAAGGUGGUGAUAGGACAGAUCAGUUCUACCAUCGCUGGGGAGAUCAACCUGCAUAAGAACAUAAAGAAGGAUCUGGAGAAGAUGAAGAUGACGCUCGAGUCAGUGGAGGCCGUGCUCAGCGACGCUGAGAGGCGUUCUAUCACCGAUAACUCGGCGCUUCUGUGGCUGAAGCGGCUCAAAGACGCCAUGAACGACAUCUCCGACAUGCUUCAAGAUUUUGAAGCUGACACCAACUUCAACCUGUUGGCAAGUACGAUGAAGAAGAUUAAGAUGCCACACAAGAUGAAGGAGAUGCAAAAGCGCCUACAGAAGAUAACAUAUGACCGUAACAAUUAUCGUGUUCUGCCAGAAGCUCGCAGCGAGGAGCAGCUAGUUCGUGAUAUCCGGGAAACAGCAGGGAAUGCGGAGGAAGCAGAAAUCAUCGGGAGGAGUGAAGAAAAACUGAAAAUCUUGGCUUGUUUAUCUGAGAACAGCACUCAAGGCACCACCAUCUUUCCCAUAUGGGGCUUUGGAGGCAUUGGAAAGACCACCUUGGCAAGAUCGGUUUUCAACAAUUCCCAGUUCAAAGAAUACUAUCGGGUGUGGGUCUAUGUGUCCCAGACAUUUGACUUGAAAAAAAUUGGCAACAUUAUAAUAUCGCAGCUGUCACAGCAGAGCCAAAUAUCUGAUUUACAUAGUAUCCAUACUCGUCUUCAAGAGUUGUUUACUGGUAAGAGGAUCCUGAUCAUUUUGGAUGACCUGUGGGAGAAGCAUCCUUCUCAACUAGAACAAUUGAAGGCUAUGCUGAAGCAGGGUGAGGGGAGCAAGGUGAUGGUUGUGGUAACCACACGCGAAGAAAACAUUGCAAAGGAAAUUGGUACUGUUGCUCCAUACGAAUUAUCUCCCUUCACCGAUGAAAUGUGCUGGGAUAUUAUUAAGCAAAAAUGCAACUUUGAGGCUUGUCCUGACAAAGAGCGUUUGGAGCCGAUUGGGAAGGAAAUUGCAAAGAAGUGUGGAGGUGUGCCUUUAGCUGCUCAAUCACUUGGACACAUGUUGAAAUUCAUGCCGUGUGAAAUGUGGGAUUCGGUUAGAACCAAUCAUAUUUGGGAACUGUCUAUUUCCAAAGAUACACCAAAUACACAUGAAGUGCUGGCAUCCUUGCUGUUAAGCUACAACUUCAUGCCUCCACGCUUGAAGCUAUGCUUUGGUUAUAGUGCAAUCUUUCCAAAAGGUCAUGAUAUUAUUGAAGAUGAUCUAAUUUAUCAAUGGAUUGCUCUUGGAUUCAUAGAGCCAUCUAGUGCGUUCUCUACCUGGCAUGUCGGUCAAAAUUAUUUUAGGAAGCUUCUGGAGAUGUCUUUUCUUCAACAUUCAAAGGCUGACAAUAGAACUCUCAAAAGAAAACAUGUUCCAAGGUUCACUAUGCAUGACCUGGUGCAUGACCUUGCAAGAUCGGUCAUGGCUGAUGAAUUUGACUUGGAGGGCCCGAACUGCCGUUAUGCAUGGCGGACUCGCGCAGAUUUUAAGCCAUUAAAGCCAUCCACGACUUCACCUGCAAAGCUAAGGGCGCUGCAUAUUAUGGACCAUACCUACACAAGAAUUCAGUUCCAUCAUGAUGUAGAUUCACCAGCUAAGUACAUCCAUGUCUUAGAUUUAAGCACAGACUGUUCCCAUGAGUUGCCAGAUUCAAUUGGUCAAUUUAAGCAGUUGAGGUAUCUUAGGGCUCCAUCAUUUCAGGGUAGAAUGAAUCCAAGGUUUUUUCGUAUGCUCUCAAAGUUGAAUUAUCUCAACCUUCAUUGCUGUCAUGAGCUCUCAGCAUUGCCAGAGUCGAUUGGCGAAAUGAAAUGUCUGAUGCAUCUUGACUUAUCACGUUGUAUACACCUACAAGAACUCCCAUUGUCAUUUGGGAAUCUCAGAGAGUUGCUAUAUCUGGAUUUGUCAAACUGUAAUGGUCUUUUAGGGAUACCCCAAGCUUUGGGUGGCCUUAACAAACUCCAACAUUUGGACUUAUCAUCAUGCAAAAAUCUCAGAGGGCUGCCAGACGUCAUCCGCAAGCUCACUGAACUCUGCUAUUUGAAUCUAUCAGGGUCCAUGCAUCAUAUCUUUGACAGUUCAUCAACAGAUCAAGCUGAGAGUUUCAUUCACUAUAUCUGCAUGCUUCCCAAUAUGAAGCAGCUGGACUUGUCUUCCCAAGGUGAAUAUUCUCUUAGUAUACCAGAUAGUGCUAGCCGCCUCAGCAAGUUGGUCCUGAAUUGGUGCCGCCAUGUUACUAGGAUUCCAGAAUGUGUGGCUAAAAUGGAUAGGCAAAGCCUUUUUGGCUUGUUGCCGGAAUUUUUUGUAUAUUCAGAUGCUACUGAAUCUAACAGCAACCUUGGGUUGCUUGAGCAUAUAAAUCCUGAACAGCUGUGUAUCAGGAUGCUUGGAAAUGUGAGGUUCUUGGAAGAGGCACGCAUUAUAAAUCUGCGUAAGAAACAGAGAAUUGGGGAACUGAGAUUAGGGUGGCUCGAAGAUGCAAAGAGAUACGUGGACGACAUGGAGUUGCUGAGGGAGCUAGUGCCACCAACCACUCUGCAGAGGUUUGAGAUAUCUGGUUAUAGUAGUGUGAGCUUUCCGGACUGGCUAAUGAGUAUCAGAAAUUAUCUCCCUAAUCUUGUGCGCGUGGAGAUGUCUAAUUUGCCAAACUGUAACAGUCUACCACCCCUUGGCCAUCUACCAAAUCUCCGAGAGCUUAUUCUGGGUGCGAUGAAAAGCCUGGAAGAAUGGAACAUAGCAUACUCGAAUGGCGAGGAUAGUCCGGAUGAGCUCAUGUUCCCUAAGCUUGAGGAAGUGAUUAUAUAUAAUUGCCCCAAGUUGAGGAUAAAACCACACCUUCCUAGAGCUUCCUCUUGGAGUAUAACAAGAAGUGAUAGUGUGCUUAUCUCAUGGGGAGAGAGCGUGUCACACACCGGUGCUUCCUCAUCUUCUUCUCCAGUAUCCACUACUCUGGAAGUUACAGGCAGCAAGUUGCCUCUGCAACAGUGGAGUUUGCUUCACCACCUACCUGCCCAUAGUGAUUUGGAUAUCUAUGGUUGCAGUGAUUUAGCAAUCUCACCAGAGAUCAUCCAGGCCCUCCACUCCCUCAAAUCACUGAAACUGGAUAUACGAGACUCAGACCAUGCAGAACUGAUCGAGUGGUUCACAUACCUCACGUAUCUUCAGCAGCUGUCAUUACUGAACUACAACAAGCUAGAGGAAUUGCCCGGUAAGAUGAGGCAACUCACACAACUCCAAUCAUUAACACUGUUAGAAUGCAGAAGUAUGACAUCAUUGCCAGAAUGGUUAGGAGAACUCACCUCUCUCACAAAACUUGAAAUUGUGUGUUGCCCUGGCAUCACGACUUUGCCACACAGCAUACAACAGCUCACAAACCUCCAACAAUUGGAAAUUCGUGACUGCCAUCGAUUAAGCAUGUGGUGUGAAGCAGAGGAAAACAAGAUCAAGCUUGCUCAUAUAGGACAAAUGCGUACUGAAGACAAAGCCACUCCGAGAGAGCCAGGGGAGCAAGCAGAGCCAGCAGAGCCGCAACAUAGUGGCCGUAUGAGAUUCUGAGCUGUCAGUAGCAACGCCAAUGUUAGCGAAACCGUUAGUAGCUUCAGCAGGGUUUCUAGAAAGCAUGGGUCUUCUCGCGUAUAUGUAUGUAUAUGAAUAUAAUGCUGCUUGGUGAAAAUACAAGUGCAGCAGAAGUCGACAGUCCUGCAUCCGCAUUUCAACUGGAGCUACAGGUUAUGUAUGUAUAUGGGAGACUGCUGUGUUCUGCAUGAAUUCAAAGUGCCGGGAUUUUUGUAUAUUACCUUUGGCAGUAAAGAUUCUUGUACUCUGUUAUCUACUGCCCUUAACAAAGAUAAAGAUAAUGCAUUCUUAGAAAUAGCGCUUGUUAUUUCGUUACUAGUUCUGGGGUCAUAGUGCUAGCUGUUUGUCUGCUUGAUUGAUUGAAUGAAAUGUAUUCUCACUUAUUUUAUUGAAAGGAGCGAUUAUGAUAUCUA